UUUUCUUACAGCCUCAACUUUUCGGAAUCUUUUGCUUUUGGCUCUCUAAUUUCCGCUGUCGAUCCAGUUGCAACAGUAGCGAUUUUUCAUGCUCUCGAUGUUGAUCCCAUACUUAAUAUGUUGGUAUUUGGUGAGAGUAUAUUAAACGAUGCCAUAUCUAUUGUUUUAACCACCACCAUUACCCAAUCGGCCAAUAGUCCAGCCUAUGCAAAAAUGUCUACAGGUGAGGCUAUUUUCUCAGCGUUGAAAACAUUUUGUGAAAUGUUUUUUGCUUCGGCCGGUAUAGGUGUAGUAUUUGCUUUGAUCUCGGCUUUAUUGUUGAAACAUAUAGAUUUAAGAAAACAUCCAUCAUUGGAAUUUGCCAUAAUGUUAAUGUUUACCUAUGCUCCGUAUGUAUUAGCUGAGGGUAUACAUUUGAGCGGUAUAAUGGCUAUUCUAUUUUGUGGCAUUGUUAUGUCACACUAUACACAUUUUAAUUUGUCCACAAUAACACAAAUAACCAUGCAACAAACAAUGCGUACUUUAGCUUUUAUAGCAGAAACUUGCGUCUUUGCCUAUUUGGGUUUGGCCAUAUUCUCUUUUAAACAUCAAGUGGAAUUAUCUUUUGUAAUAUGGUCCAUUGUAUUGUGUCUUAUUGGCAGAGCUUGUAAUAUCUUUCCUUUGGCCUAUUUGGUGAAUAAAUUUCGUGAACAUAAAAUUACCAAUAAAAUGCAAUUUAUUAUGUGGUUUUCUGGUCUACGCGGUGCCAUUUCAUAUGCCUUGUCUUUGCAUUUAGAUUUAUCUAGUGAUGAAACUAGACAUGUUAUUAUAACCACAACUUUGAUGUCUAUAGUCUAG